AUGAUGAAGCCUCUACUGAGACAGAUUGAUUUGGACAAUAUAUGGGGGGACCUGAGAGAAGGAAUCGAGCAGGUUUACAAGAGGGAGUACAUGCACAGACAGAGAUACAUGGAUCUAUAUACUCAUGUAUAUAAUUACUGUACGUCGGUACAUCAGCAAAGCUCUAGCGGUUCCAGCAAAAGCCUCACUACCAGCAACAGUUUCGGCAGUUACAGCAGCCGGAACAGGAAUAAGACUGGUCAAGUCGGCAGCGGAGCUCAACUGGUUGGUCUCGAGUUAUACAAACGACUGAGAGAAUUUUUGAGGACGUACCUCCUAAACUUACUCAAGAAUGGUUCAGACUUGAUGGGUGAGGAUGUACUGGCGUAUUAUACCAAGCAGUGGGAAUUAUACCAAUUCUCAUCCCGUGUGCUCAACGGAGUCUGUUCAUACCUAAACCGACAUUGGGUCAAGAGGGAAUGCGAGGAGGGUAGAAAGAAUAUAUACGAGAUAUAUCAACUGGCUUUAGUUACAUGGCGCGACAAUUUGUUCAAAUGUCUGAACAAGCAAGUUACAAAUGCUGUACUCAAAUUGAUUGAACGAGAGAGAAACGGAGAGACGAUUAACACGAGACUAGUUACAGGAGUUAUCAACUGCUAUGUAGCUUUGGGUCUGAACGAAGAUGAUGUAUCAUCAAGAGGUCAAAAUUUAGUGGUUUACAAGGAUACCUUCGAAGCAGUUUUCCUUGAAGACACAGAAAGGUUCUAUAUAAGAGAGAGCUCCGACUUCCUAAAGAACAAUCCGGUCACAGAAUAUAUGAUUAAGGCGGAACAACGUCUGCACGAAGAACAGAAGCGCGUUCAGGUGUAUUUACACGAGACGACCAUGGAGAGACUUGCCAAGACCUGCGACAGGGUCCUCAUAGAGAAACACCUGGAGAUAUUCCACGCUGAGUUCCAGAAACUUCUGGAUGGCAAUAAGAACACAGACCUGGGUCGUAUGUACAGUUUAGUAGCCAGAAUACCCAGCGGUCUGUGCGAACUGCGCAAACUACUGGAACAACACAUACACACACAGGGACUGCACGCGAUCGACAAGUGCGGGGACUGUGUACACACGGAUCCAAAAGUGUAUGUAUCUACAAUACUUGAAGUACACAAGAAGUACAAUGCUCUAGUGCUAAUGGCUUUCAACAAUGACUCUGGCUUUGUAGCCGCACUUGACAAAGCCUGUGGGAGAUUCAUAAACAGUAAUUCAGUAACAAAAGCAGCUAAUUCUUCAUCCAAGAGUCCCGAGCUGCUGGCUAAGUAUUGUGACCUUCUGUUGAAGAAAUCUAGCAAGAACCCUGAAGAAGCUGAGCUAGAAGAUACAUUGAACCAAGUUAUGGUUGUCUUCAAGUACAUAGAGGAUAAAGAUGUUUUCCAGAAGUUCUACAGCAAGAUGCUGGCGAAACGGCUGGUGCAGCACAUGUCGGCCAGUGAUGACGCUGAGGCAUCAAUGAUUUCAAAACUGAAACAGGCUUGCGGCUUUGAAUACACCAGCAAAUUACAGAGAAUGUUCCAGGACAUUGGCGUUUCAAAGGAUUUGAAUGAAAACUUCCGCAAGCACAUGUCUAAUAGUUCAGAACAACCUCUGCAUAUAGAUUUCAGUAUACAAGUGUUGUCAUCUGGUUCUUGGCCCUUCCAGCAAUCAUCUAGCUUCCAACUGCCCACAGAAUUGGAGCGUUCAGUACAUAGAUUCACAACAUUCUAUUCAUCUCAACACUCGGGCAGAAAGCUGAACUGGCUUUAUAACAUGAGCAAGGGCGAACUGGUUACGAAUUGUUUUAAAAACCGAUACACUCUACAGGCCAGUACUUUCCAAAUGGCUGUUCUGUUACAAUAUAAUGAUAACACAGCUUGGAGUGUACGUCAGUUGGAACAUCAUACAGGCAUCAAAGGAGACUUCUUAGUACAGGUUCUACAAAUCCUUCUUAAAGCUAAGCUGCUGGUGUGCGCCGAUGACGAAAGUGAACUCACAGAGACAUCUAUCGUUGAACUUUACUUAGGAUAUAAAAAUAAAAAACUGCGUGUUAAUAUAAAUAUACCGCUCAAGACGGAAUUGAAAGUUGAACAAGAGGCGACACACAAACACAUUGAGGAAGACAGAAAGAUGCUUAUACAGGCUGCUAUAGUUCGCAUCAUGAAGACUCGCAAGACUCUCAAACAUCAACAUUUGGUUGUUGAAGUGUUGAAUCAACUAUCAUCACGGUUCAAGCCUCGCGUGCCUGUUAUUAAGAAAUGCAUCGACAUAUUGAUCGAGAAGGAGUAUUUGGAACGUACAGAAGGAGAGAAAGACACAUACAGCUAUCUAGCUUGA